AGCUUUACUCUGCACUUCAUUUCAAUUACACAGCUCUAUCUCCUUGCUCAGACAACUACCAACAAACAUGAUAAAUAUUCAGGCUCAGGGCGGACUGACAACUCAUGGGGCCUCCGGACAAUAGGGGAUCAUGGGGCCCCUGUGUCCUUGCCCAAACUCAAAAAAGCCUAUGAAAAAGGUACUAGGGGCAUCUCAUGGGGCCCCCUACUGACCCCGGGCCCUCGGGCAGUGCCCGAGUUUCCAAAUGGUCAGUCCGCCCCU